UUUGAACUACUGACCUCAGGUGAUCCACCCGCCUCAGCUUCCCAAAGUGUUGGGAUUACAGGCUUGAGCCACCGGGCCGGCCUUGAGUUACAUUUUAUACUUGUUUUACUUUGUUACUAUUAUCAUAAUAGCUAGUUAUGCUUAGUAUUUGUAUGCGGCCGUCUUAAGGACUAAGAAAAAAAUACAUAAAAUAUAUAUUAAAAUAUAUAUAUAUAUAUAUUUUUUUUUUUUCCUACGGAAUCAUGCUGUUGCCCAGGCUGGAGUGCAGUAGUGCUAUCAUAGCUCACUAAUCUCUAACUCCUGGACUCAAAUGAUUGCUCUGCUCCUAGACAGAGGCCUACCUCCCAAGUAGCUAGGGCUACAGGGACACACCACCAAGCCCAACUAAUUCCUAAAAUUUAUUUGUAGAGAUGGGGUCUCCCUAUGUUCCCCAGGCUGGUCCUGAACUCCUGGCUUCAAGCCAUUCUGCCUUGCCUUCCCAAAGUGCUGGAAUUACAGGCAGGAGCCACUGCGCCCGGCCAGUGCUGGAGAAUGUAAUGGAGAUGAUCCUGCCUAUCCUUGAGUUCCAGUCUAGUUUACUGUCAGAGAAUACUUAUUUCAAUUUUUCCUAUUUUGUUCUCGAGUCUCUUUCCUCAGAUUUACUUUUCUAUUUAAAUGACGUUCGCGGCUUUUAAAUUUGCAUUGUAAAAUUUAUUUUGGCUCUCCUCGCCUGUUUUUUGCACAUUAAAAAUGAAAACGUUUGUAGAACUAAGCUAAGCAGAUGGUCUUCCUGCAAAAAGAUUGGGCUGAACUAAAGCAUUGCUUUGGAGGUGGUUCACAGAAAAAAUGCAAAACUGGUUAUCCCGACUUCAAGCUCCAAAAUAAACUGCUUUCUUUCUCCGGGAAGUUUCCCCCGCCACACACACUUGACUGCGUGGCCAGUCCUUUCGAUGCCUCUCGCUCCCAAAACGGAGUUCCUCUCAUUUCUUCAGUCAGCUCUCAGCUGCUGCUGCUGCUGCUAGUUUCUCGGCUCCAGCACCACGGGCACAGCACUCUGAAGUUUACAAAGCACUCUGCAGCACUGACUGUGAUCCUCACAGUGCUGUCCGGUGGCCUCACGCAGGUGGUAGUGCAGCUUUUCAGGCCCAGAGCGGCCAGGAGCUAAGCCCGCUGACCCGCCUGGAAGCGCAGCGCGGACGGUCGCGCGACCCUGCGGCAUGGAGGCCUGGGCUUCACCCAGAGGCGCUCGAGCACCGCCCAGCCGAGCCUCACACCGCGUGCCACUUCAUAUUUGGGCCCAGAGCUCAAUUCGCACCGAUGCAGUCCGCCGUCCUUAAACCUAUUCAGCCAGAAUCUCUCCCCGACUGUAAAGCAACUCUGGGCGGGAGCAGCAACCUCUCGGCGUCAGUCUUCUGGAGCCGCCGACAUUCAGAGAGGCAGGACCCGGGAACGCGCGCUGCCUUGCUUUACGGCACGGGUGCGCGAGUUUGCGGCAGCGUGACGCCAGCAAGUUUUGGCGGGAAAAGCGCUGCAUUUGGAUUCCUGCAGUGGUGGGCAAAGGACAGUCCGCCGAGGUGCCCGGCGGAGUCAUGGCAGUGCCCUUUGUGGAAGACUGGGACUUGGUGCAGACCCUGGGAGAAGGUGCCUAUGGAGAAGCCAGAUAUAGGCAUGCCUGAACAAGAUGCUCAGAGGUUCUUCUAUCAACUCAUGGCAGGAGUGGUUUAUCUGCAUGGUAUUGGAAUAACUCACAGGGAUAUUAAACCAGAAAAUCUUCUGUUGGAUGAAAGGGAUAACCUCAAAAUCUCAGACUUUGGCUUGGCAACAGUAUUUCGGUAUAAUAAUCGUGAGCGUUUGUUGAACAAGAUGUGUGGUACUUUACCAUACGUUGCUCCAGAACUUCUGAAGAGAAGAGAAUUUCAUGCAGAACCGGUUGAUGUUUGGUCUUGUGGAAUAGUACUUACUGCAAUGCUCGCUGGAGAAUUGCCAUGGGACCAACCCAGUGACAGCUGUCAGGAAUAUUCUGACUGGAAAGAAAAAAAAACAUACCUCAACCCUUGGAAAAAAAUCGAUUCUGCUCCUCUAGCUCUGCUGCAUAAAAUCCUAGUUGAGAAUCCAUCAGCAAGAAUUACCAUUCCAGACAUCAAAAAAGAUAGAUGGUACAACAAACCCCUCAAGAAAGGGGCAAAAAGGCCCCGAGUCACUUCAGGUGGUGUGUCAGAGUCUCCCAGUGGAUUCUCUAAGCACAUUCAAUCCAAUUUGGACUUCUCUCCAGUAAACAGUGCUUCUAGUGAAGAAAAUGUGAAGUACUCCAGUUCUCAGCCAGAACCACGCACAGGUCUUUCCUUAUGGGAUACCAGUCCCUCAUACAUUGAUAAAUUGGUACAAGGGAUCAGCUUUUCCCAGCCCACAUGUCCUGAUCAUAUGCUUCUGAAUAGUCAGUUACUUGGAACCCCAGGAUCCUCACAGAACCCCUGGCAGCGGUUGGUCAAAAGAAUGACACGAUUCUUUACCAAAUUGGAUGCAGACAAAUCUUAUCAAUGCCUGAAAGAGACUUGUGAGAAGUUGGGCUAUCAAUGGAAGAAGAGUUGUAUGAAUCAGGUUACUGUAUCAACAACUGAUAGGAGAAAUAAUAAGCUCAUUUUCAAAGUGAAUUUGUUAGAAAUGGAUGAUAAAAUACUGGUUGACUUCCGACUUUCUAAGGGUGAUGGAUUGGAGUUCAAGAGACAUUUCCUGAAGAUUAAAGGGAAGCUGAUUGAUGUUGUGAGCAGCCAGAAGGUUUGGCUUCCUGCCACAUGAUCGGGCCAUUGGCUCUGGGGAAUCCUGGUGAAUAUAGUGCUGCUAUGUUGACAUUAUUCUUCCUAGAGAAGAUUAUCCUAUGCUGCAAACUGCAAACAGUAGUUCCUGAGUGUUCACCUCCCUCUUUAUCCAAACAUCUUCCAAUUUAUUUUGUUUGUUCUGCAUACAAAUAAUACCUAUAUCUUAAUUGUAAGCACAAUUUUGGGGAAAGGAUGAAUAGAAUUCAUUUGAUUAUUCAUGGGUGUUUAGUAUCUGAAUUUGAAACUCAUCUUGUGGAAACCAGGUUUCAGGGGACAUGAGUUUUCCAGCUUUUGUACACACAUAUCCCAUUUUUAUCAAAACAUUUUGUUUAGUCCAAAAAGUACACAUUUCUUCCAUGUUGAUUUAAUUAUAAGAUGAACCAAUAAAGAUAUAAUUCUUGUGA